UACGUUUGACGUCACUGUGCGUGCAACUGCAAAUGUUUAUUUUACUGAUAAUUACAGAGUUUAAAUAUUAAUACAUAAAAUGAAUACAACGAAUUUGUGUCGAAGUUGUAUGAAAGAAGUGGCGUCUUGGGAGAGAGAGAACUUCGACCCUAGAGCAGUGGAAAUGUUUUGUUUUUGCACAAAUAUUUCGAUCACAGAAGAUGACAAACUACCAAAGCAAUUUUGUUAUGAUUGUAUUAUUAAAAUAGAGUCUGCAUUCACAUAUAUAACUGAAGCUCACAAAGUUGAUGCUACCCUUAAGAACAUCAUCUCUCGGAGUAGUACAAGCAUUAUAGUGAAGCCAGACACACACUCCAGACCCACAGACAAUCUCAAACUCACUCUACCAGACUACAAGAUCAGUGUAAGCGUCCACAAUUAUGAGGAACAAAUUAUAUUUGAUAACACUGAUGUAGCUCCAACUGAAAGUCACAAAGAACCUGAAUCAUACCACAUAGAAGAAACGGAAACAGAACAAGUACCAAACGUAUCAGAAGGAGAUAAUAUAGAGAAGAGCAUAGAAGAUACAGCUCCACAGAGUGUGAAAGAGACAGCAAAAGUGGAAGAAACUAAAAAGAAUGUGUGUCCAGUGUGCAAGAAAGCUUUCUCAUCCAAGACAUGGUUUAAUAAGCAUAUGAAAAAGGAACAUGAACAUAAAUUCCUUUGCCCGCAUUGUCCAAAGACAUUCACCAAAGCCUCGCUGCUGUCAGACCACGCGGCCACUCACUCCGACGAGCGCAAGUUCAGCUGCUCGGUGUGCGGCAAGCGCUACAAGCGCCGCAAGCAGCUCGCGUACCAUGCGCGUGCGCACGCCGACGCCCGACCAUACGCCUGCGAUCAAUGUAACAUGAGGUUUAAAAUUAAAAGUAUAUUGAAGAGGCACAUGACAGUACACGAAGGGGAUAAGCAGUAUUUGUGCUACUUCUGUGGCUGGAGUUUUGCUCAAGCCGGUAACCUAGAAGUCCACAUGAGGAUCCACACGGGUGAGAAGCCGUUCUCCUGCAAGGAGUGCGGGUUCCGCGCCGCCGUGUCGUCCAACCUGCGGCGCCACCAGCGCCAGCACCAGGCCGCCAGGACAUACGUCUGCAAACACUGCAACAAAGGCUUCUACGAUGCUAGCAGUCUGUCCCGCCACGCGCGCACGCACACGGGCGAGCUCCCGUACGCGUGCCCGGGCUGCGCGCGGCGCUUCGCCGACAGCUGGAAGCGCAAGACGCAUCUCAUGCGCGCGCACCGCCUGCAGCUGCGCGACAUCCCGCGCAUGCGCAGGGACGGGGCCACCGUAGUCUAGGCGCGUAGGGGCAACAUCAGAGCAGAGGAUGGAAGGAUUGGACCAUGUGCUAUCACGUCAUGCUGAACGAUAAAGAACUAUACCUUAAGGUUUGAAACAAGAAUUUUACCUACGAGACGGAUUUCUUGUUCCUUUGCCCUUAGUCUAUUAACCAAAAUAAAAUUAAAACAAUCAAAUUUCAAAACUUCAAAAACAAUUAUACACCACCUGAUUCUAUUCUGUUUUGUCUUCAAAUAAAAAAAGUGCUUGACAUCUUACAUACAAAAUCAUGAAAAAAUGACACUUUGUAAAUCAAAUUGUGUUAACAAACUCCUGUUGCAGCCUGUAACGUGGAUAGUCCUUAGUUAUACUAGUAAGUUGUAAAUCUAAGUACAAUAAUAAUGAUCUCAACGACGUUACAUAUAAUAUGUAUUAAGAAUACUCAUUCUUUAUAAUGUUAGAAUAAGAAAAUACUAUAUCUAGGCCUCAUAUAUAACUAUAUAUUUAUUGUAUAAUACUUACUAAGUUUGUAUAGAUUUAUUUUAUAUAUGUUUCAAAUGAUUUAUUUAUAAAACAAACUAUGAAACCAAGCAAAGAUUAGCCCAAAUUUUGUAUUUAUUUAAUUUAAAGAGUUUUUAGAAUAU